GGGCAGACGCCUGCGCGCUGCCAGCGCACCUGGUGGCCUGGCGAGGCCGCUUAAGAACCUGCACACAGGCCGCGCUCUUAAAGGGACCGCGCCACAAACCAGCCUCUUAAAGGGCCAGCACACCUAGUGCUGAGCUGUUAAAGGACCAGCGCACCUUGAGAGCUCAGGCACGAUGGCACACAGCCAGUCUCGGAAGCGGUCACGAAGCAGGAGCCAAAGCAAUUCUCGGAGCAGACAGGAGAGGAAGGAGAAGAAAAGGAGGAAGAGCAGCAAGGGCUCGCACCGGGGCAGCAGCUCUCCUCCACGGAAGCGGACCUCUGAGUGUCACAAGCACAAGUCAAGCUCAGCAGCAGCUAGGGGAGAAAAGAAGAAGGAAAGAAAGGACAAAAAGAAGAGGAAGGCAAGUACUUCUUCCUCUGAGACAGCAUCUUCAUCCACCAGCUCCUCCUCACCUUCCUCUUCCUCCAGCUCUUCUUCUGAUGACUCCAGUGACAGUGACUCCAAAACGAAGAAGAGUCGACAUGGCAAAAAAAAGCGAGCAAAGCAGAAAGACAAAAAGAAGAAGAAAAAGAGAGUAAAAAAAAAAGCAAAAAAGAAGGCAAAGGAAGGAGCUAAGGAGGAGAAAGGCAAGGGAGAAGCAGUACCUGGCCCAUCACUGGAGCAGUGGCAGAAGGAGUCCAUGGUGGACGCUGGACCAGUUUUGACAGAUGAACAAAAAUCCCGAAUCCAGGCCAUGAAGCCAAUGACAAAGGAGGAAUGGGAUGCGAGGCAGAGUGUCAUACGGAGGGUUGUGGAUCCUGAGACCGGGAGAACCAGGCUUAUUAAGGGAGAUGGAGAAGUACUAGAAGAGAUUGUCAGCAAGGAGAGACACAAGGAAAUUAACAAGCAAGCCACCCGGGGGGAUGGGCUGGCCUUCCAGGUGAGGACAGGGAUGCUGCAGUGAGUGCACGAGUGUCAGCCAUGCCAGGAGCCUGUCCUGCUGCCACUGCCAGCCCAGGUGUGAGCUUCUGUCUCUGGACCAUGCAGAAAGCACCGUGUCAAGAUGCCUCCCUAGGGGCAAUUUCCAGCUGCUCUGUAAGUUAUUGACUGUUAAGGAGAGCAACUUUAAUGGUUCAUCUCCCAGUAAACAGCUUCUCCCCUCCCUCUCCUGUCUGGGGCCAGCAUGGCUGUAAUGCACUUAGACCUGCUUACCUUGUUGCCCCUUCUGAGGCCGGAGUAGCUCAGCAGCACACAGGGGACAGGCUCACCAGUACUGAGCACCUCAAAGGCACUGCUGCCCCUCAGCUCUGGGCUUUGUCAGGCAGUAACAAACACUGCAGCUAGGCCAGGGUUUGCUUGGGCUCCAGCUAUGCAGCUGGUUGUCACUUCUUCCCUUCAAGGGCUGCUCUAGGCCCCUUAUGUGCUGUAUCUGUGUGCCCCAAUGCUUACCCCAUGCUGCAGACUCAUGGGCCCUCCACACUCACCUACCCUGCUUAGAGAGAUGUGGCUGCACUGCUGCAUGGCUUUGCUCAGGCUGCAGAUCUCCAUGCCAGCUCUCAUCCCCUGGUGUGCCCUGGGGCUUUAUUCAGCCUUUGUGCAGCUUUAUCUUAAUGAGUGGCACUGGGGAAGCACUGACCUGGCACCCUGCAUUGGUGGGCAGGUGUGCUUUGUGGAGAGGUUGCUUUUCCUUGCCGUCUAUUCCUGCAUGCAACUUGUGUCCCUUCUGCACGGUGCAACCCCUGGGCAGUGUUGGGCUUCUCAGGCCUGUGACCAUAGCUGCUGUAAACCCAAGAGCUGGCUUUCCCCCCACUACAAAGUGUAAAAAAAUAGAAGGGAUAAAGGACAAAUGGGUUAAAGGACAAAUGUGUCCUAUAGGAUUUAUCUGCUCUGAGGGUUUCCACAUUCUGUUCACCCCUGUAACCCCAUUAAAUUGGUGCCUGCUCACA